AUGUCCCUCAACUCGGUCGUGGCAAAGCUCGUCAGGGCAGCAUCAGGCAUCUCCCAGGAUAUCUCGGACGCAGACCUCGACGCACACGUAGCUCAGCUCCUCGCACAAGAGGCAAAGGCAAAGGAGUCCAAAUGGAGUGAGCUCGGAUUAUCGGGCCUGCUGGGCAACUCGAUGCUGGCGGGGAGAGACGAGCCUGAUCCAUCGCUACCCAAACCCAACAAACGGUUCCUAGCUUCCAUCAUCCGCACAGUCGACGGACACAACUCUGCCCUGCUCCGCUCUCAAGCCGAAGGCGCUCGGCAAGCUCGACAAGAACGUAUGCCAGACCCUCCUCCAGUAAGAGGACAAGGUUCGAGCAGGAGGGGUGGUGCGGGACCGGCUGGGCGGUUGUUUGGAGGGGCGAUGAGGGAUAUGUCGCGGAAUGAGCCAAAGAGGGAAGACAAAGGAAGUCGGAGAGCUAGAGAAGAGAGGGGCCAUGGUAGAGAAGAGAGAGAAGAGAGGAAUGAUAGAAGCGCGAGGAGCGAUAGGAACAAAGGGAAGGAGCGAGAGAGGGACGAACGGUCCCCGCGGUCUGACGACUACCAUCGUGAAGACCGCCGGCGCAGCCAGCGGCAGGACGAGGACGAAGACCGAUAUCACUCUCGUCGAGACAGGCGUGAUAGGGAGGAGCAUCGUCACCGUCGUCAUCACGAAGAGGAGCGGGAUCGAGAAAGAGACAGGGAUCGUAGGCGGUCACGAAAUGAGGAAUAUCGGCAUCGACACGACUCGUCUGACGAGGACAGACCUCGCAAAUCUCGUCGCUCCCACUCCCCAGAAGAUAGAUCCCAUCCAAGAUCUCGGCAUCAUGACUCUGGCUCGACCUCGCUCCCAUCCAAAUCAUCCAAGCCAGCCCAUCACCAAUCUUCUACACCCCUUCCUCCCAAGGAUGCACCUCCCCCUAGACCACGUUCCCCAUCUCGCUCCCCUUCCCCAUCUCCCCCGCCUCCACCAAAGUCAAAGAUGGACAGGUACUUUGAAGAGUCUUAUGAUCCUCGUCUGGACUUUCCUACGACAGUGGCAAGUGAGGGGAUCGUGCAAGAUGUCGGAUGGGACAACAUGUUGGCCAAGCGCCGCCAAUCCCCCUCCCUCUCAGACGACGAAUCCGCCCCUCCUCCCGGUAUCCUCCCACGCAAACGCGCUCGCUCUCCCGACACUGCCCUGGCCAAGCUCGAGCGCCGAGAACGAAGGGCAGAGAGAAAGAAGCGGAAAGACAGGAGAAGGGACGAUUCGGAGAGUGAGGAUGAGGUGGAAAGGGCAUGGAGGAAGGAGAAGAUGGUGCGGGAGAAGGAGGCGAAGGGGGAUGAGGAAGGAGAUUUGGGAGGUUAUGAGUAUGUCAAGAAGGGCGGUACGAGGGCCUGGGAUGUUGGCAAGUAG